AUGUUUCCUCUACGACCAGGACCUAUACUUUUAUUACCGGUUGCUCAACCUUCUUUUCGACUUUUUUCUUCACAAAUUCCAUUGAAUUCAAAUGCUUUAUUAUCAUCGCCAUCAUUUUUACCAAAAUCAUUUCCAAUUUCAAUAGAAGGUCGAGAUGAUUUUUUUUGUGUUGAUCCAAAAUCAUUUAGUAUUGAACAACUCAAUAAAUACAAAAAAGAAAUACUUCAACUAAUUGAUAGAGAAAAAAAUAAUUUUGAAAGAAUUAAGAAUGAUUCAAAUGAACGUAUUAAUGCUUAUAAUCAAGGAAUAUUAUUGGCCCAAGAAACAAUAAAAUCCAAUUCUGUUCAUCCACAAAAUAUUCCUCAUACAACUUUUCUUCCUAAUUUUAAGCUUAGUGAUGAUGGACCUGUCACUUGUAUUGAUCCGAAAACCUUAACAAUUACUCAAUUACAACUUUAUAUCGAAGGAAUCACUGAAGAAAUAACUUAUGAAAAAAAACUUACAGAUGAAUUUAAAAAAGAAUCUACAUCACGUAUUGAAGCGUAUCAAAAUGGUAUUCAACGUGCAAAUUACGGUUAA